AUGGACGAGCGGAACUACUUGACCACACCGUGGUACGAGAUCCGUCGUCUUUCUUGGACGAGCUCAGGCUCGAGCUCGAGCAGGAAAUCUUACGGCCUUCCCCGCGAUGGCUUCCGCGAGCUCGUGCGACGCGCGCGACAGGUGGACGAGAGGCUGUACGUCGUGCUUUCGCCACGGGUAGACCAGGAUGCUUGCGCUGAGUGGGAGGCUGCCGCCAGGGGUGGAGAGAGUAUUUGGGAGACCGCUCUCAAAGCGAGGGAAGACGAAACAUAUGGAAUGGACCUUCCUAGGAAGUCCACUGGUUCGAGAAAUCGGUAA